AUGCAACGAAAAGAAAGCAAGAAGGCAACAAUACCAAAAAUGAUGGCUAGAGUUCUUCAACUUAAAGAGGCAUCUGAUAAACUAACUCAAUUUCUCUUUAUAAAAUAAGGUUAAGAUAGAAUAAGAAGGACUAUUCUAGCAUUUUUGAUUGCAGAUUUUACAAACCUAAUUCUAGUUUCAGGACGAUGGUACGUAGGAUUUCAUCAAACAUUAAAAGAAUGGCUGGAAGAUUUAGAUAAUCGUUUUAUAAAAGCUCACUUGCAUAUACUUUCAUUUAAGAAUAGUGAUUUUUUGUAAUAAAGCUUUUGGGUGGACAGUACUAAAACAAAGAAAUUAUUUAGAUGGGACAGAACUAUAAUUUCAGAAGUAUUAAAUGGAUUAAAUGGGAAAUGUAUAACAAUAGCUUUCAAAUAUAAUCGCAAAUACAGAAGUGAGUAUAAAUUUGAUAUUUUGCCACCAAAUUCAAAGAGAGUUAUAUGGAUUGUAAGAGAAUAAACAAAACAUAAUUUUGAAAGUGUGACUUAAGUAAUGAACAUUUAACCAAUUUUAAGUGGAGAUAGUGUAAAAAUAUCAAUAAACUUUUAUAAUAAAAUGACAUUUAUUGAUCCAGAUACAAUAGAAUUUGAAGAGCCUUUAAUAGAAUAAUCAAAAGAACGUAUAUGUCCAAUAUAAAGUUUAUUCUUUGAUUGGGUUGGAAUAGAAUAUGCAAAAUAGAGACCAUAAUUACGUGAUUAUUAAAUUCAUCCUCAUAUGCGUUUGAUAAAUUGUAGAUGUGCUGGAGUUGAUACUGUUGCAUAUUAAUUUAUUUAUGAAGCAUGUGAAUUAGGUAUGCUAUAGCACAAUGAACAUCUUAGGAUCGUUCAAAAAUGACUUAAUUGGAAUUCCUAUUGAAGUUGUGUAACAUGGAUAAGAAGUUGUAACAGAAUUGAAAAAAUUAGGUCUUGUAAGUGAUAGAGAAUGCAAACUUCAAUUAAGAAAACAUGAUUAACUUAUAUUCUACUAAACAAGUGGAGAUUGAUUAUUAAAAAAAUAAUAAAUUUUAUUUUU